AUGGAUCAAUCGAAUAAGAAAACUAUUAAUUCAUCAAAUAUAACUACUACAUUUCAAUCCACUUCAUCAUCAUCUUCAUUACCAAGAACAAUCUAUGCACAUCGUAUAGAAAAUUAUUCACCAAUAACAUUUACAUAUAUUAAAGAAUAUUGUAAUAAUGAAAUUAUAACAUCUAUUUAUACAAUAUGGAAUUUUUUACCAAAAAUUCUCUAUGAACAAUUACAUUAUAUUUCAAAUAUAUUUUUUAUAUUAGUUGCUAUUAUACAUUUAUUUGCUGAUGGUGCUACAUCAAUAUUUGCUAUUAUUGGUCCAUUUUCAUUUGUAUUAUUAGUUACUAUGAUUAAAGAUGCAAUCUAUGAUAUAUUAAGACAUCAACAAGAUAAACAAAUUAAUGAAAAAUUAUUUCCAUUAAUGAAAAUUAAUAUAAAAACAAAUGAAAUAAAAUGGAUAUUAAAAAAAUCAAAAAAUUUACAUGUUGGUGAUGUAAUAUUAUGUAAAAAUAAUGAAGAAUUUCCAUGUGAUUUAAUUAUUUUAGCAACAAGUAAUCAUAAUUGUAAAUGUUAUAUAACUACAUCAAAUUUAGAUGGUGAAAAUACAAUUAAAACAAAUUAUUGUUUAUUAGAUACACAAAAUGUCUAUAAAAAUUAUAUAAAUGAUUCAAUGAAUUAUACAUUAAAUAAUGAUAUAUUGAAUUCAUUAUAUAUUAAAAUUAAUUGUCAACAACCAAAUGAAGAUUUUAAUAAUUUUGAAGGUUGUAUUACAACAAAUUUAAAUGAAAAAAUAAAACAACCAUUAACAUUACGUAAUAUAUUAUAUAAAGGUGCAAAAUUAAAAAAUACAAAAUCUAUUAUUGGUUUAGUGAUAUAUACUGGUAAUGAUACAAAAUUAUUAUUAAAUUCUAAAAAAGUCAAACGUAAAUAUAGUUCACGUGAAAGUAAAGCUAAUCAAAUUUUAUUUAUAUUUAUUAUUAUUAUGAUUGGAUUUUGUAUAUUAUUUUCCAUAGUAACAAAAAAAUGGUCAAUCAAUAAUUUAAUUAAUCCAUUUAUACCAUUUGAACAUUUUAAAAAUUGGAUACAAAUUAAAGGGGUAUUUCGAUUUUUAUUUAUAUUAAAUUAUAUAAUACCAAUAUCAUUAAUUAUAACAACAGAAAUACAACAAAUUACAUCAGCAUAUUUUAUAUCAGCUGAUAUGAAUUUAUAUGAUAUAGAACAAGAUCAAUCAACUAAAUCAAAUACACCACAAUUAGUUGAUGAAUUAGGACAAGUAAAUUAUUUAUUUAGUGAUAAAACUGGUACAUUAACUAAAAAUGAAAUGAAUUUACAUACAUUAGCUGUAUUAAAUACAGAUAAAGUAUAUGUCUUUAAUGAUAGUACACUUCAAAAUAUUAAUGAUAAUACUAAGAAUAGGAAGAAAGAGAAUACACAGAAAUCAAUUCGAUUAAAAAAAAUUUCACAAAAACUAAAUAAAUUUGGUUAUAUUGGUGUUGUUUAUGAAGAAUCAAAUGAAUUUCAAUCUGACUAUUAUAAUGAGAAUUAUGGAUUUAUAUCAUCAUCUGAUUCUGAACUAGAUGAAGAAGAUCACAAUGAAAUAGUACCACAUUUUAUAUUGAAUAAAGUAAAUAAAUCUAAAGAAAAUAUUACAUUAGCAAAUGAAUAUCUUAAUUAUACAUCUAAUAACAAUAAUAAUAAUAAAUUACCCAAUGAAUUAUUACAUUGUCUUACAACAUUAGCAUUAUGUCACACAGUAGAAGUUAAUGAAGAGGAUUCAGUAAAACAAAAUAGAACAGACGAAAAUAUAUGUUUGGAAAACUUUUAUCAGGCAACAUCACCAGAUGAAAAAGCACUUGUUAUAGGUGCAGCAAAACUUGGCAUUCUAUUUAUGGGUACAUCACUCAAUGAGAAUAAUUCACAUUCCAGAAUAUAUCGUCUAGAAUAUGAUCAGUGUUUACAAAAUGGUUCUGGUCAAUCAGAAAUUAUGGAAUAUUCCAUUGAUGCUAUUCUAGAAUUUGACUCAUUUCGAAAACGUAUGAGUAUUAUGGCUAAACAUCCUGAUGGAACGUAUCAUAUUCAUAGUAAAGGUGCUGAAUCAAGUAUUUUUGAGAUAAGUAACUUAUCAACUGCGGAUUUGAAACAGUUAGCCAGUAAACAUGUUACACAGUUUGCUAUCAAUGGACUACGUACAUUAGUUUAUGCAAGUCGUCAAGUGGAUUCUAGAGAGUAUUACCAUUUGCUCAAUGAAUUUUAUCAUGCCAAUUCAUUAUUUGGCUCUGAACGUAGUGAUGCAUUAAAAAUAAUUUAUUCAAAGAUUGAAUGUAAUUUAACAUUGAUUAGUGUUACUGGAGUUGAAGAUAAACUUCACCUGGUGUUCAUGAAUGUUUAA